UCUGUGGCAUCUCGGGUUCCCUCUAGCCGCACUCUGGAGGACUACACUCGUUUUCUUUUGGCAGUGAGAAGCCCCGCAACCUUCGCUGAGCUGGGAGAAAGAUGGCGGCAGCCGUGCGACAGGAUUUGGCCCAGCUCAUGAAUUCGAGCGGCUCUCAUAAAGAUCUGGCGGGCAAGUAUCGUCAGAUCCUGGAAAAAGCCAUUCAGUUAUCUGGGGCAGAACAACUAGAAGCUUUGAAAGCUUUUGUGGAAGCAAUGGUAAAUGAGAAUGUCAGCCUCGUGAUCUCUCGCCAGUUGCUGACUGAUUUCUGCACACAUCUCCCUAACCUUCCUGAUAGCACAGCCAAAGAAAUCUAUCAUUUCACCUUGGAAAAGAUCCAGCCUAGAGUCAUUUCAUUUGAGGAGCAGGUUGCUUCAAUAAGACAGCAUCUUGCAUCCAUAUAUGAAAAAGAAGAAGAUUGGAGAAAUGCAGCCCAAGUGUUGGUGGGAAUUCCUUUGGAAACAGGACAAAAACAGUACAAUGUAGACUAUAAACUGGAGACAUACCUGAAGAUUGCUAGGCUAUAUCUGGAGGAUGAUGAUCCAGUCCAGGCAGAAGCUUACAUAAAUCGGGCAUCAUUGCUUCAGAAUGAAUCAACCAAUGAACAGUUACAGAUACAUUAUAAGGUAUGCUAUGCACGUGUUCUUGAUUAUAGAAGAAAAUUCAUUGAAGCUGCACAAAGGUACAAUGAGCUCUCUUACAAGACAAUAGUGCACGAAAGUGAAAGACUAGAGGCCUUAAAGCAUGCUCUGCACUGUACCAUCUUAGCAUCAGCAGGACAGCAGCGUUCUCGGAUGCUUGCUACUCUUUUUAAGGAUGAAAGGUGCCAGCAACUUGCUGCUUAUGGAAUCCUUGAGAAAAUGUACCUAGAUAGGAUCAUCAGAGGAAAUCAACUUCAAGAAUUUGCUGCCAUGCUGAUGCCUCACCAGAAAGCAACCACAGCUGAUGGUUCUAGCAUCUUGGACAGAGCUGUUAUUGAACACAAUUUAUUGUCUGCAAGCAAAUUAUAUAAUAAUAUUACCUUUGAGGAACUUGGAGCCCUUUUAGAGAUUCCUGCAGCUAAGGCAGAAAAGAUAGCAUCGCAAAUGAUAACAGAAGGACGUAUGAAUGGAUUUAUUGAUCAGAUUGAUGGAAUAGUUCAUUUUGAAACACGAGAAGCCCUGCCGACAUGGGACAAACAGAUCCAAUCGCUUUGUUUCCAAGUGAAUAACCUUUUGGAGAAAAUCAGUCAGACAGCACCAGAAUGGACAGCACAAGCCAUGGAAGCCCAGAUGGCUCAGUGAAUCCUUGCAGACCUUCUGUGCACAUUACAUCUUUUUCCAUGUUGUACAGAUUAAUUUCACUAUCUCUCAAAAACAUUUGCAUUGUGACCUUACAUAUUUCAAUCCCUUUUAUGCUGGAUUCAAUUUAAAGAAGACAUUAUUAGAGCAGGAAGUACAAGCAUUUAAAAAUAUGUAGUUCCCAUUUAUUCAGGGUCUCUGUAUCAGGCUAACUCAGAUGUUUUGAAAGCUUUUUCUUUAAACAGAGUAAGUGAAGUAUCUGUGGCUAAAAAGUUUGGGAUUUGUGAUAACUUUGUAGUUAUGUAAAACUUAAGUACUUUGUGCCUCUCCACAUGUGGUUAUUCUAAUAAAUGGAGAAGUGAGCCAAA